AGAAGCUCCUCUGAUACUCAAGGCAAAUUCGUCCGCAUUGACCACCUAUUACUACGGCCAUGUUGACAUGUACAGCCUGCCGCUUGGAGUUCGCUUCGCCUGCGGAGCAGAAGGACCACUUCCGCAUGGACUGGCACCGCUACAACCUCAAGCGUAAAGUGGUUGAGCUGCCGCCUGUGUCCGAGGAGCAGUUCGAGCUUCGCAUGCGCAAGGUGCGCGAGGAGAAGGAAGCACAGGCUGCCAACGAUCCCAAGCAGAAGCAGCGUGCUCGCAAGGAGCAGAUAAAGAAAGCAGGCGUCAAGACCUUGCUGAAGUGUGUGCCGUGCAACAAGACCUUCACCACCACAAAUGCACACGAGAACCACUUGGCGUCUAAGAAGCAUUUGGCUAAUGCCAAGAAGAAUCCUGAGAUCGCCUCAGCAGUGGAGAAAGUUGAGAAGCAGAUGGAAGUUGUAUCGCUGGAAGAUGGCGCUGAUGAAGACGCACAGCCCAGCGAACCAAAGGAGAUGACAGAGGAGGAGCUGGCCAAGGAGAUCGAAGAGUACAAGAAGCAGGUGCCGCUCGAAAAGGAGGACUGCAUCUUCUGUUCGCAUCAUGCUGCGGACUUUGACUCGUGUUUGACGCACAUGCUGAAGGAACACGGUUUCUUCAUCCCGGACGUGGAGUUUUUGGUGGACCUGGAGGGUUUGAUUGGCUACUUAGCCGAGAAGGUUAAGGUUGGCUUCUACUGCUUGUACUGCAAUGGCAAGGGCAAGUCCUUCCGGUCUCACCAGGAUGUACAGAAGCACAUGACGUCGCUUUCUCAUUGCAAGUUGCGCUAUGAGGACGAGGAUCUGGACGAGUUGGUGGAGUUCUACGACUUCUCGACGCAAUUCAAGAAGAACAAGACUGUUGCUGAGGAGGAAGUCGAGUGGGAGACAGACAGUGAGGCUAGCAUUGACAGUGACGAGGAGGUCAUGGAGGAGGAAGAGCUUGAGCAGGACAGUGAUGAGGACGACGAAAACACUAUCGGUGUGUCCGAGACGGGAGAGCUAGUGCUGGCUAGCGGCCGCCGUCUCGGUCGCCGCGAAUUCCGCCGCUACUACAAGCAGAAAUUCCGUCCGGACGAGACGCGUGCGUCGGUGCUUGCUGCUCAUAAGGAGCACCUCCUGCUGGCAUACCAGACAGCGGGUGUCGACCCUCGCGGUGGCAGCACGGCGUUAUCGACAGCGUUCGUGGCCAACUUCCUCAAGAAGCGCAACAAUAUCGCUGGUGGCAUGUCCAUCGUCGAGGCCAAGCGUAAGAACUUUUGGCACGAGAAGAAUCGCUCUCGUCUGGACAACCGUAGCCACAAACUGCAGAAGAAUCCGAACCGUAGAGCCAUGGUGACGGUCUAAGUAGAAAGAAAUGCACAACAAUACAAGUCCAUUUACACAUGCCGAAAA